AUGGCAAGCACGAGAGGCAGCUUCGAUUCGGCGUCAGGCGGGCUGUGGCGCAUCGACGAAGAGUCCUGUUCUGACACCAAGUCGGGCAGCAUGAGCUCUGCGACAUUCAACGCACAGAAGCAGACCAGCAUCACUAUCGACGCCGCCACAGUGCAGCCACCACCACAGCGCCGUUAUCAUUGCUCCUCUGCAACACAGCUGCUUCUGGCUUCACGCAACAGCGCGCUGGCUUCACGCCGCAGCGUGAGAGACUUGAAGCGAACUGAAACCCGCGUGGCUUCCAAGGCGUCCAUCAUAACGGAGGCAGUCACGCAGUUUGCGACCAUUACGCAGUUGCAAGUAUGCGCGCAGCAGCAAGGCAGCAGCAGCAGCAGCAGCGGCAGCAGCAGCAGGAUGGACGACAUGCUCUAUCUGCUGGAAAGAUGGACCCUGGAUGAAGACAGUGCAAAGUAUGCCAAAGUGCUGCGUGUGCAGCGAGAACUGGAAGAUGACUUGCAGGCCGCACAACAACAGCUUGCCGCUUUAAAGGCGGGACAUGACGAGAUCAGGGCGGUGCAUACGCAGGCACAGGUGGAGAGGAUGAAGGCGGAGGUGGAGAGGGUGAAGGGCCAUGUUCAGCGAGUGAAGAUGGAGGACCUGUUCAAGAAACGCAUCAAUGACAAGAAAGGCGAGAUCCGCAAUGCACGGCAUGAAAGAUGGAGGGCAGAACUGACAGGACCCGGCAACGAAGAAGCGGUUGCAGCGGCGGAGACGAAGCGUGGGAGGCCGGCCUUGUGCCGCCGCUGCUGGCCCGCCCCGACUGGCCACGAUCACUUUAUCUGCUCUCCAAGCUAUCAAGAAGCGCGUUGCGGAGAAGAAGAUCAGCUCACCCGCCGAGAUCAGAGACGCGCACAACACGUUUGCUUGUAUCGUCGUUGUCACUGCCACUGCCACUGCCACUGUAAUUAUAGCUGCCUUUGCCAUUGUGUCACAGUUACUGUCGUUGGCAUUUGUAUUGAAUUCUUCUUCACGACGCCACCCAGCAGCAUCACCAAGCCCGAGAAGAACCCGUAUCUCGUCUACUGGCCGGACAAUGCCCAGUUCUUCACCGACAUAUGGCGAGAGCCACUCGCGAAACAGUUUGAGCUGAAGGCUGAUGACAUCACGCCGCAAGCAGUGAUUGCAAAGAUUCAUGAAAUCGAACAGCUGCUGGUCUCCAGCGCCGACCCACACCGCCCCCGCGAGGACCGAGUGACGCUUGACCUGCCACAAGGUUUGCCUUCACCAAAACUGCUGACAACAGGAUGGGCCAACGAAGCGGAGAUGCGCCCCGAUAUCGCUCAGCACCUUAACGGCAUGGCUUUGCGCCUCGGAGCCUGGGUCACGUUCAAUAGUGCGAUCCCAAUCAUGACGUUCAAGCCAGGCACCCGCCCCAAAAUAGACAUUGUGAUGGUGGAUGGUCGCACAAACACAAAAGCGGCCGUAUUUGAACUCACGCUAGGCGAGGAUGCUGACUCGCUUGGCCAGUUGGCAGCGUACGCACACCACGCGAUUGUGGCGAACGUGCUUUGCAUUGCAGGCGAGCACGUGCCUCUGGAGAAGCUGCCCCUGCUCGCUGGGCUGGCGAUGUUUGGGCUGCGUGUCAGCCCGGUGCAGACCACCGUUGUUGAGUUUAUGGUGGCCAACGCCGGUGGAGUCGUGAAGGUGGUUGCCAACAACAUCAUUUCCAUUCCAACGAAGAACAUUGGGCAGGCUGCUAUGGCCAUUUCCUGCUACUCAAAGUAUUUGCACGCGAAGUACGCCCACGCCAUCAAGCAGAACACUGAGCAUGGCAGCGACUUUGCGCUGAAUGUCAUGAAGCCCCAUGUGCUGCACUUCAACCCCGACAGCGGCAAAGCAGAGGCACCGAAAGUGCUCAGUUCCGUCGCCAACAAAGGAAGCGGAUACGUGUGCAAGUUCAUCAAGACUGGGCACCGUGCUGGCGACUUGCGUGCUGAAGAGAUUGAAAACAUGUGGAAGUAUGUCAACGGGCAAGGCGCUUGCAGUCGCAUCCCCGCCACCAACAGCAAGAGCAGCACCACGAACACCACCAGCAGCAACAUCAUCAGCAGCAGUGGCAACGGCACGCAGAUGAUUGCGGUGCCCCACCUCGGGUCGACCCGCGCUCACAUUCACGAAAAGCACGUCGUGCAGCUCUGCAACAGCUUGUUUCUCCUGUCAGCCGCUGGUCUCGUUCACCAUGACAUUCGCUGCGCCAACGUGGUCGUGAGCGGCGACAAAGCCUCUCUGAUCGACUUCGAACUGGCUGGCUGCGACGCCGAUGUCAUGAAGGCGGCCAAAUGCGAGCCGGCUGAGGUUGCUCUUCGCACGGACCUGCCUGAGCGGUCAGCACGCAUCCGUGCAGCUGGUGACGAGCGAGUGAAACGCCACAUCGAGGAUGACUGGAUUGCCAUGUUCUACGUGUGCACUCUCCGAUCUGCGCUCUACAAGAGAGCACCGCAGAUGGCACAUAGGGCAACCAAGGAGGCCAUGCUGGCCGCGUUGAAACAGCUCGACCACCGCCAGCAGCAGCAAGGGGAGGGGAAGCAAGGGGAGAAGGAGGAGGAGGGUCAUGUGGUGCUGGUCGGGAUGAACCCGAAGCUCCCGCAGUCGUGUGAUUUGCUGGGCCGCAUCAAGAACAUCAUCGAGGAGAUCCCGCUGUACGACUGA